AUGAACCUGCCAGGAUCUCUACCAGCACCUCGGCGCUGGUACGGGCUGGCGUCGCAGCCGCGCCUGGUGGACGUGAUCGCGGCGGUGCCGCCGCCCUUCCGGAAGGUUCUGCUGCCCAAGCUCAAGGCCAAGCCCGUCAGGACGGCCAGCGGGAUUGCAGUGGUGGCCGUGAUGUGCAAACCCCACCGGUGCCCCCACAUCAACUUCACAGGGAACAUCUGUGUGUACUGCCCGGGGGGCCCCGACUCGGAUUUUGAAUAUUCCAGCCAGUCCUACACCGGCUACGAGCCGACGUCGAUGAGAGCGAUCCGGGCGCGCUACGACCCCUUCCUGCAGGCGCGGCACCGGCUGCAGCAGCUGCAGCAGCUGGGGCACAGCGUGGACAAGGUGGAAUUCAUCGUGAUGGGAGGGACGUUCAUGGCCCUGCCCGAGGAUUACCGAGAUUUCUUCAUCAGGAACCUCCACGACGCCCUGUCCGGGCACACCUCCAACAGCGUGGCCGAGGCUGUCAGGUGGGAAAUUAUUUAUCAUUUCAAUUAUUUAUUGAUCUAUUUUAUAUUUAUUUAUAAAUAUAUCCUACUGAAGACCAAAACCUCAGCCAGGCACAGCUCUGAGAUUAAAGACCAGCACCUCAUCCAGGCACAGCCAUUAAAGACCAAAACCUCCUCCAGGUUCUGGCACUUAUUAAAGACCAGCACCUCGGCCAGGCACAGCUCUGAGCUGAUUUUUGGUGUUUCCACAGACAAACAGAACGGGAUGAACCUGCCAGGAUCUCUACUGAAGACCAGCACCUCGGCCAGGCACAGCUGUGAGUUGAUUUUUGGUGUUUCCACAGACAAACAGAACGGGAUGAACCUGCCAGGAUCUCUGUGGUUAAAGACCAGCACCUCGGCGCGGUACGGGCUGGCGUCGCAGCCGCGCCUGGUGGACGUGAUCGCGGCGGUGCCGCCGCCCUUCCGGAAGGUUCUGCUGCCCAAGCUCAAGGCCAAGCCCGUCAGGACGGCCAGCGGGAUUGCAGUGGUGGCCGUGAUGUGCAAACCCCACCGGUGCCCCCACAUCAACUUCACAGGGAACAUCUGUGUGUACUGCCCGGGGGGCCCCGACUCGGACUUUGAAUAUUCCAGCCAGUCCUACACCGGCUACGAGCCGACGUCGAUGAGAGCGAUCCGGGCGCGCUACGACCCCUUCCUGCAGGCGCGGCACCGGCUGCAGCAGCUGCAGCAGCUGGGGCACAGCGUGGACAAGGUUGAAUUCAUCGUGAUGGGAGGGACGUUCAUGGCCCUGCCCGAGGAUUACCGGGAUUUCUUCAUCAGGAACCUGCACGACGCCCUGUCCGGGCACACCUCCAACAGCGUGGCCGAGGCUGUCAGGUACUCGGAGCGGAGCCGCACGCGCUGCGUGGGCAUCACCAUCGAGACGCGGCCGGAUUACUGCCUGCGGCCGCACCUGAGCGCCAUGCUGGGCUACGGCUGCACGCGGCUGGAGAUCGGCGUGCAGAGCGUCUACGAGGACGUGGCCCGGGACACCAACAGGGGCCACACGGUCCGUGCUGUCUGUGAGUGUUUCCACCUGGCCAAGGACGCGGGGUUCAAGGUGGUGGCGCACAUGAUGCCCGACCUGCCCAACGUGGGGCUCGACCGCGACCUCGAGCAGUUCUACGAGUUUUUUGAGAGCCCGGCGUUCCGGCCGGACGGGCUGAAGCUGUACCCCACGCUGGUGAUCCGCGGCACGGGGCUCUACGAGCUCUGGAAGACCGGGCGGUACCGCAGUUACCCGCCCAGCACCCUGGUGGACCUGGUGGCGCGGAUCCUGGCCCUGGUGCCGCCCUGGACGCGCGUCUACCGUGUCCAGAGGGAUAUCCCAAUGCCCCUGGUGAGCUCCGGGGUGGAGCACGGCAACCUGAGGGAGCUCGCCCUGGCCAGGAUGAGGGACCUCGGCACGCAGUGCCGCGAUGUGAGGACGCGCGAGGUGGGAAUCCAGGAGAUCCACCACAAAGUCAGGCCCUACCAGGUGGAGCUGAUCCGCCGCGACUACGUGGCCAACGGCGGCUGGGAGACGUUCCUGUCGUACGAGGACCCCGAGCGGGACAUCCUGGUGGGGCUGCUGCGGCUGCGGCGCGGCUCGGCCGCCGCCUUCCGCCCCGAGCUGCGCGGCGGCGCCUCCGUGGUGCGCGAGCUGCACGUCUACGGCAGCGCCGUGCCCGUCAGCAGCCGCGACCCCGCCAAGUUCCAGCACCAGGGAUUUGGAAUGCUGCUGAUGGAGGAGGCGGAGAGGAUCGCCCGGGAGGAGCACGGGGCUCGGAAAAUCGCCGUGAUUUCAGGUGUCGGCACCAGGAAUUACUACAGGAAAAUCGGCUACGAGCUGGAAGGGCCCUACAUGGUGAAAUGGUUGGAAUGAUGGUCCUGGAGAUCCCAUCCUGAAGGACACAACGUUCAUUGUGGUGAAAUGUUUGGAAUGAUGGUCCUGGAGAUGCCCAUCCUGGAGGACACAACGUUCAUUGUGGUGAAAUGGUUGGAAUGAUGGUCCUGGAGAUCCCAUCCUGGAGGACACAAUGUUCAUUGUGGUGAAAUGUUUGGAAUGAUGGUCCUGGAGAUCCCAUCCUGAAGGACACAACGUUCAUUGUGGUGAAAUGUUUGGAAUGAUGGUCCUGGAGAUGCCCAUCCUGGAGGACACAACGUUCACAACGUUCAUCGUGGUGAAAUGUUUGGAAUGAUGGUCCUGGAGAUGCCCAUCCUGGAGGACACAAUGUUCAUCCCAGUGAAAUGUUUGGAAUGAUGGUCCUGGAGAUGCCCAUCCUGGAGGACACAACGUUCAAAACGUUCAUCCCCGUGAAAUGUUUGGAAUGAUGGUCCUGGAGAUGCCCAUCCUGGAGGACACAACGUUCAUCGUGGUGAAAUGUUUGGAAUGAUGGUCCUGGAGAUCCCAUCCUGGAGGACACAACGUUCAUUGUGGUGAAAUGGUUGGAAUGAUGGUCCUGGAGAUCCCAUCCUGGAGGACACAACGUUCAUCGUGGUGAAAUGCCUGGAAUGAUGGUCCUGGAGAUCUUCAUCCUAGAAGUUCACAAUGCUCAUCCCAGGAAUAAAUCCCAGGAUUUUCUUCUGCCCAAAGCCCACGGCUGCAAAAACCAGAGUUGGACUUGAUGGUCGUGGUGGUCCCUCCUAAUUCCAUGAAUUUUGGAAAUCCAGCAUCGUCUCCUCUGGGAAGAGCAGCUCUGGGAUCAUCCCGUUCCCACCGGAGAGGAUGGGGACAUUCCAGCUGUCUCACCACCUGCUGCGUCCUCGGGAUGAUGGAAUUUCAGGAUUUGGGGUGUCCUGGUGGGAAAAAUGCCUUUUUUUUUUUUUUGCUGUUGCUGUCAGAUUUUCCUGUUCUGCGUUAAAAUUAAUUGCGCUUGGUCUUCUGGAUGGGAAUAAAUUCCGACUUUAUUUUAUCUA